GCGCUGAUCUCCCGCUUUCAUGAUGCCCGAUCGUGCGUUUCCCGAGCAAUUUGGACACGUUGGAGUAAACAUUUCUGGCUUUCCGCAGCGGUUACAAUAUAUUUUGCGUUCCUUCGCCACGCAGUCUCGGAACCCGUGUUCGAACUGGCCGCAAUUCCAGCAACACAGCCGGGGUUUGUUCGCCAGCUCCUCCACUCGCUUCCCGGCUGAAUGGAAUUUCGGCGCAGGACGGAACGUCGACUUCUGCUCGCGUCCGCGAAAGUGGUACUCCACUUCGAGGCACUCUUCCCUCAGCUGCUCCACGUUUCGGACUCGGAUCGCGUAAACG